AUGCCUCCAAAGCGUCGCCAUCGCCUUUCCCAUCUCUUUUCCAAACUUGACAUUGGCGAGGGUCUCAUCAUUCGCAGGCGAGAGCCUACGCCUCGGGAUCCUACGCCUCUAGACCCUACGCGGCCGUCUAUAGCCCAGUUGCCCGAGCACAUCGUGCGACGCAUCCUUGCAUGGCUUCAUGAUGUGCGCCCAGACACUGUCCGCACCGUAGCGUCGCUGAGUACGUCCUUGUACCAACUGGCUCGCUCAGUGCAGCACACCGAAGUGCAUGUCGACCUGGACAAGAGCCGAUACGUCCUCGACCGCCUUGAUCUCAUCCAACGCCUCGACCAACUCACCGCUGUUCGGAUCCUUCGGGUGAAUGGGCGCGGGUGCAAUAACGGUCAGGAGGGAGAUGGAAGCACCCAGAUCCUGGCCCGUCUCGCUGCACUGCUACCCAGCAUGACAGGACUGCGCCACCUGCAUUGGCAUGUUGGCUCGACGAUAAGACUCCCGUGGAGCGAUGCUCUAAAAAGAACAGCUGUGCCUAUACCUGCAGCCAUCUUAGCAGCACUACCAAGAGAGUCGCGUCUGCACGCCGCCGUCUUCUGCACCGAGACGCGAGAGGAGCACAUCCUGGCGGCACAUCUCCAGGUACGCACGUUUUUGCAGCGGCUUGCAGCAUGUCAGAACCUCUGCACCCUUGAUAUUCAAAUCACCUUCAUCGAGGAGGAGCACUGCCUCCGCACUAUGCGCGAGCUGAAGAAGGUGCUGCUAUCCUGUCCCAACCUCACCCGACUGCCCCGUAUCGACGUUUGGUAUCCCCGUGGAGGCUGUUUCGCGUACGGGCCUCCGAUGGGAGGCGGUCUGUACUGUGGCCUCGGCUUCUCCAACGGUGAGAGACCGCAGCCUCUGACAGUCUUGGGCGUUGAUUAUUAUCCCUGGGGCAUAGAGGGAGUCCCGAGCUACCAAGGUUAUCCUGCCGGUUCCUCAAAAUAUGAAUGGGACUACUGGAUUGAUUGCUUCGAUUGGUCCCGUCUGGAGCGAUUGCAUGACAUUCGCUCCCAUCUGACACUCCGCAUUGCAUCCAAAUUAACCAAUCUUCGAGAGCUCGUACUCGAGGAACAAGCCUGCCCUCUCGAAGCCGAGUUUGAAGACGACAUCACCGCACCGCUAGAGCUCAUAAGUCUUGCAGGCUGGCAUCACGUCAACCGCAAACCAGAGUUCUUCAGCCGGUUCGGUGCAACUCUACGAGAACUCAAGUUGCAUGGACCCGAGCCAAGAUGGGAAAGUGAGAACCACGCUUAUAUAACUGUCGCUGACCUCGUCCACCUCUCCAAGAGCCUGCUCCUUCUCGAGCAUCUACGUCUUGAUAUCCUCCGAGACGAAGAGACGCAGGAUUGGCCGUACAAAGCACUAGACGCCAUUGCAACCUUCCCCAAUCUACGAACUGUCGAGCUGUGGUUUCCUCUAGGCCGGGCAGCACCAGCACCAAAACCACAACUCACUGUCUCGUCGGUGCCGUGUCUCUUACGCUACCUACACGAGCGCAACAAAAACAUCAUGCGUGCGACGCUCCAUUCGGGAGACCCAUCGCCCCCGGGCGGAUUUGCAGUAGCCAUUCUUCCUUCGAACGCAUGGGCAUGGGACAUGCACAGCACUAUUAGUUUUGUAUGUGUAAUGGUCUACGAUAGUGAUCGUCCCAACGAGCAAAGUGGCAGUGUCGACGUUUGGUGUCCGGAACUGAGCAUAGAAAUGAACGACAAGUUGCACCAGUUGGCCCAACAGACAGACCGGAAGCACACAAAUGCCAAAAAGCUUGAUGAAGCCGAGUUACGUCUCAGGGUGGCUCUAGAUGGACCGCUCAAUGCCGAAAAUUGGGGGGCUUGGAAACAAGUCCAGAUGCGCGAGAGCUGGGAACGCGAAAAGAAGCAACAACGGCGCGCGGCGAUGAACAAGUUUAUUCCAUCAUUGAAGCGUAUGUUGGAGCGAUAG